AUGCAGUAUCUGUUGUCCUACUUGGAUAGCGAGGCGAAAAAAAUGGUCAGUUCGUUUCCUAGUGACGCCAAUUAUAAGGAAGCCUGGGAAACAUUGGAAGCACAUUAUAAUAAGAAGAAGUAUACGGUGUUUGCUCUGGUUCGAGAGUUCAUCGAUCAACCAUCAACGUCAACUGCACUCGGAUUAAAAAAGCUGGUGGCCACCUCCGACGAUGUGAUACGACAGCUCAAGGCUCUUGGAAACGAAUUCGAAUCGAGAGAUCCGUGGCUUAUUCACUUAUUGCUAGAGAAAGUUGACAAGGAAACUCGGUCUUUGUGGGCACAGAAGAUAAUUGAUGUCGAUAACCCAACGUUCACAGACUUCUUGGAGUUCCUGCAGAAGCGCUGCGAUGCGCUCGAGACGUGCACAGCCUUCACGAAGCCGACUAGCCAAGGAGACGUCGUAAAAAAGGAAUACCCUAAGGCACACGGUGGUGAAAAGGUGCAAUCCUUCCUCACCAGUGAUUCAUCACCAACGUGCGCUAAAUGUUCGAAGGAUCAUCCAAUCUAUCACUGUGACCGGUUCAAACAAAUGGAUGUAUCAGCCCGCAGAGAGUUAGCACAAACAUCAAGACUGUGCUUCAACUGUUUGCGCUCCUCCCACAUAGCAAAGAGGUGCCAGUCAAAGUCUGUUUGUCGCUCUACUGAUUGCAAGCAACGUCAUCACACCUUGUUGUGCACACAGGAUGUAAAAAAGGCGGAAAGGAACCAGAACAGCAUCAACCCAAUCGGGAUACUGGUACACUACCAGCAGUAG